GUCUCAUGUAUUUCUCUUCCCUAUCUUCGAUUCUCUUUCUGCACUGAGAAAAAUGGCUCCGACCAAGACUCCUGGGCGACUCGAUGGCCCUGGCGCUCAAUAUGUCGAUAUGACGUCGGCCGCUAAUGAAAUGGAUCUAUUAUUGGACGGAGGUUGGGAUCCUUCACAGUCCGUUCCAGCUCGUGACGAAGUCCUCUUGGAGCCGAAAGAAGUGCAUAACUGAUCACAAUGUUGGACUUCGACCACCGCUGUUGUGGACGUUUCACCAUUACAACUGGUUUUGGAGAGCUACAAGUUGGGUCUUCAUACUAUGGAUAUCAGGUGUUGGAAGAUUGAAGAUUACGCUCUCUCACUACUUCAUCAGGGAACCAAAGCUUAUCGUUAUUGACAAGAGGGGCCGAGGGGCAUCAGCGUGACUAAGCCAUCUAUGCACAGACUUCGACUUUCCAUCCAUACGAUGCCGGCCUUCCCGCCCGCAUCAUCCUGCUCUUCCACCUUCUGCCUUGUCUAUCGCUUGUUCACGCUUGUUGUUCUUUGCGGCCCAACUCUAUCCUGAACCUGCAUCUGCCGCUGAAUCAGUCGGCUACUCUCCUUCUUCACCUCUGACUUCUGGUAUCACUGCAGGGGCGACCGCACACAGCACCCGCCCCUCUCAGCAAGGUUCCAUCGUGGUGCCAUCCUGCGGGCUGACCGACAACCCCUCUGCAGGAAGACCAGUCUGUCAAAGCGUCUCUGCCGUAGAACUUCUUGGGUUGCUCUGAUUGCUUGGAAAGUCGCUGCGUCCGAAACGCCCUAAGCCCAGAUUUGGCCAUCCAGAAACACGUAAUCAAGAUAUCUCCUCAAUAACCUUGACGGCCAAGAAAAGCACUCGGCCGUAGCCUCAAAUCGGACCUUCCAACUCGACCUCUUGCGAAUACUGAAGCCUCAUCUUCCGCAACUGGAGACACCUCCUGUCCGAGAAGUGUUGGCCGAGUGAUCGCGGCCAUGUCGGUCCUCAAAAAGAUCACGAAACAUGUGCCUACCAGAGGGAGCGACUCUCCCAGGGCGAGUGGUGAAUUCUCUCCCAUCUCCUCCUCGAGCCCCGGCCCUCAUCGCCGCUCUCUUGCUCAAUUGCUCCACCUCGAGAAGGACUAUACCUCCAGCGACAAUGAGUCUGACAUUAGCGACUUCGAUAGCGAUGGGUUGAGCAAGAACGCCCAGAAGCGGGCCAUUGCGAAACAGAAAAAGAAGGAACAGCGCUCCAGACUGAGCCUGGAAAACCGUGAUGACUCAGAAGAGCGCAUCAGAAAGAGACUGGAAGAAGCUGGGAAGACUGAGACAGCCGAGAUGAAGGCUCGCUACGGCGACUUGCCUUUGAUGCAAUCUACGACUCGCCACACAACCGACCGCAUCGACCUCAGCACCAUCACCGAAGACAUGGUCGGGAAGGAAGUUACUUUUCGCUGCAGACUGCACCAUGUGCGAAACAUGGGUGCAAAGUUGGUCUUUUUGAUCUUCAGGCAACAAAUUUCUACAAUCCAAGGUGUGCUUGUAGAGGCGCCUGGCAAGGUCUCUGCCAUCAUGAUCCACUGGGCCGAGCAUCUGCGCACAGGCAACAUCAUGUUGGUCAAGGGCGUUUUGCAAAAGCCUCAGAUCCCAGUCAAGUCUGCGUCUAUCCACACUAUCGAGGUUCACGUAACCGACUUGCACGUCGUCGUAAAACGUGACGAGCCAGUCCCCUUCUCCGUCCAAGAGGCCGAGUUGACUGUUUUCGAUGAGGAGCAGAAGGUGGAUGGCCGGCAGACUAUCAUCCCUGACCGAGUCAGACUGGCCAACCGUAUCAUGGAUUUACGGACUGCCACCUCCCAUUCCAUCUUUCGCAUCCAAGCUGCUGUAGGAAAUCUUUUCCGCAGUGCCCUUGAUGAAGAACGCUUUGUUGAAAUCCACACACCGAAACUCCAGGGUGCGGCCACCGAAUCGGGUGCAUCUGUCUUCAAGGUCAACUACUUUGGUCGGCUGGCUUUCCUUGCACAGUCUCCUCAACUUGCCAAACAGAUGGCGAUUGCAUCCGACUUUGAACGGGUCUAUGAAAUUGGAGCUGUCUUCAGAGCCGAGAAUUCCAACACCCACCGUCAUCUGACCGAAUACACUGGUCUCGAUCUGGAGAUGGCUAUUGAAGAGCAUUAUCACGAGAUGAUGGAUGUUAUUGACACCGUCCUCAAGAAUAUCUUCUCCGGUAUCUAUACCAAGUACCGCACCGAAGUGGAGAUUAUCAAAGAGCAAUUCCCUAGUGAGGAUCUCGUUUGGUUGGAAGAGACUCCGCGGAUCCCUUUCAAAGACGCGGUCCAACUCCUGACAGACUCAGGCUGGUUGAAUGAAGAUGGAGAACCAAUCAGUCCACUGGAGGAUCUGUCCACUCGAGAUGAAAUUCGUCUAGGAGAGCUCAUGAGGGAAAAGUACAAAACAGACUACUAUAUCUUGGACAAGUUCCCGAGGUCUGCACGUCCUUUUUACACUAUGCCAGACGCCCACGAUCCCCGAUACACCAACUCUUUCGACGUAUUUGUCCGCGGACAAGAGAUCAUCUCGGGUGGCCAACGUAUCCACGAGUCACAGAUGCUCGAGGACAACAUGCGCACCGUUGGUAUCGACCCUGAUGACAUGGCUGAGUACAUGGAAGGUUUCAAGUGGGGCGCACCACCUCAUGCGGGUUGCGGUGUGGGCCUUGAGCGUAUUGUCAUGCUCAUUCUUAAGCUGGGCAACAUCCGUCUCGCCUCGCUAUUCCACAGAGACCCCAAGUCAUUCCCCGCCAAACCCCAAGUCGAGAAGCUCAGACAUCCAGAAGCAGACACUCUCAAUCCAGUCUGGCGACAGGAACGUGGCCGGGAGGUUGCAGUGGAAGACCGAAAGAUGCCCGACCUAUUCGACCUCAUCGCGAACUAUGGCGAUGCCACAUCGACGUCCUGGGGUGAUGAACGAUACAAGAUCUGGCGCCAUGCCGAUACCGGUGCCGCCGUUUCUUACGUACCUGAGGGUCAUCAUGCCAUUCUUCCUGGAGACCCGCUAUGUGACCCUCGACAGUACUAUCGCAUCGUCGUAUCCUUCCUGCAAUGGAUGAAGAAGGAGACCCAUCUGAAGCCUAUUUGGAUCUUGAUCAGUCCGGAAAUGGAAGAAGUCCUCGGUGAGCGUUUAGGCUGGAAGACACUUUCUUGCGUGGCCGAGGAACGUGUUGAUCCACACAAGAAGAGUGCAGAGUCAGACCCUGAAGUCGCGAGAAAGAUUCGCAAAGCUCAGAAUGAUGGUGUUAAGAUCACCGACCUUGAUCCGAAAGAACCCGUUCCGGAAUCUAUCAAAGAGCGCGCCAACGCCCGAGUCAAGGAUUGGGUUGCAAACCGCAAGGGUACACAAAUCCAUCUGUCCAAUAUCGACUUGUUCAGAGAUGAGAAGCAUAGAAGAUACACCAUUGCAGAAGACAAAGAUGGCAAACUUUGUGGUAUCGCUGUCUUGGCUAUGCUCGCUCCUCGCAAAGGAUGGCAAGCCAAGUACACUCUCGAUUUCCCUGGUGCCCCAUCAGGAACCAUUGAAUACCUCACCACACAUGCGCUCACGACUGCCGCUAAUGCCGGUGCGCAUACUGUUACUUUUGGUGGUGGAGCUGCUCAGCAUUUGACGCCGGGUCAUCACAUGAGUGGUGCCAAGGUCAAGAUGUUGCAAGCGACAUAUGAUGCUAUUGUUAAGCAAUUCAACCUUGCCAGAAAGUCAGAGUUCAGAGAGAAGAUGGGUGCGAAGGCUGAUCCGCUUUGGAUCGCUUAUCCUCCACAUGGUCUUGGUUCUAGAGGUAUCAAAGCAAUCAUGCGAUUCUUCCAGGAUGAUUAAGCAGAGCUUUCACCUCGAGUUCGACUGCCAUGGCCUACAGGUGUGCCUAGAUACGGUCUAUGAUGGUUAAGAGUGGCACUGGCCAAUGACGAAGACCUGGACAAUGUGAUCGGACUACCCUAACUUGCCACGGUGGUUUAGCUAAACGCAGAAGCAAUGGGAACACGAAACAAUCUCUCUCUCUCUCUCUCUCUCUCUCUCUCUCUCUCUCUCUCUCUCGGCUACCUGAAACGAAAACACGGGAGGCGCAGCCGCAUCGAAAGCCUAGUAGUGUCAACAGACUGCCAGUGCUAGCGUCAGCAUGGACUUGGGCCUAAUUUGGAAGAAUUCGUUGUGCCGUUGGAUGGGAGAACUGCAGUCUAUGCACAUUUUUUUAGCCUACAUACCCUUUUGUCUUUCGUUUAUGUCCGGUAAAUCAACGAACUAGAUAGCAACGGGCCCGUCGUAGCGGCCCAAUCCUCUACACCUCGCGGUCCAUUGAAGCCUUUCCUAUGGCAUAUCUGAUACCUGUGGUUCAUUUUCGGGGCACAGAACAUGAGCUGCCACAACCGGUUU